AUGGAGGCGAGAGAGAGGUUCGCGUCUGGAUUUUUGCUGAGGAAGAUGAAGAGCUCCUUCUCCAAAGCCACCGCCGGCCAGGGCACUGGGACGCAUCCGCCGUCGUCGCCUCGAUAUCUGAUUAUGAGUCAUCACUUCAAGCCGCUAGGUGAAGGAAAGAACCCCAUCUCAGUGAAAAAAGGGCCAGGCAGUGUCAAGUACAUGACAUACAAGGAGUACAAAAGCUUAGUUGCGCAGAAGGAUCCCGCCUAUGUCCAACCGCCUGAUAUCGCCGGCGAAUACGCCAAACUCUUUGCCAUUCUUACCAAAAGAUACCAAGAGGACCGUGACCGUUGUUCGACCCUCCAGAAACAACUUCAGCGCUAUGCUCCCGUCUCUCUCACAGCCCAGUUGACAGGGCUUUCCGAUGGGGACAAGGAGGCCUUGGGGUUCAUAAUCAAGGCUGCAAAAGCCAUCGACGAGAUAUUCUUCCACCAGGUUCUGGACACCAAUGCUCUUCUCAGAGAUUGGCUCCAGGGCCAGGCAGCUCGAGACGAUGCGUCGCAGCUUGACCACCUCAAAUGGGAUUACUAUGUCAUCAACAAGAGCCCCUGGUCUAGCCUUGAUGAGAACGAGGCGUUCCUGACGACUAAAGACUCAGCCAUAAAGUUGGCUACUGCUGCCAUAAAGCCAGUGGAAGGAUGGAAAGGUCUACAAUACAGAGUUGCUCUGUCUUCCAACAAACCUCCCGGUGCCAAUUUCUACCCUUUAGACAUGUCCAAAAAGGAGUUUGAAUCAUGGAAGAGCAAACUCUCGGAAUCGCAGCAAAAAGAGGCUCAAGGUUUCUUCACUGUUAUCAGGAGGCAGAGUGAAACCAAUCCUGAUCUUUACAUUGUUCCUUACUCUCAAGAGUAUGCUUCUUCCCUUACCAAAGCUGCUGAGUUUCUCCAAAAAGCUGGAGACUUGGCUGCUACUCCAAGCUUGAAGAAGUUGUUGCAUACCAAGGCUGAUGCAUUCCUCUCAAAUGACUACUAUGAAUCUGAUAUUGCUUGGAUGGAUUUGGACUCUAAGAUUGAUGUCACCAUCGGUCCGUAUGAAACAUAUGAAGAUUCACUCUUUGGCUACAAGGAUGUUGACGGCCCUCAGAUUGCAGCCUUCAAUCUACCAAAUGACGAGCGUAUAGUAAAGGAUCGAGGGACUUCAAUGGUGAUGAUCAAGAAUAUUCAAGAGGCUAAGUUUGAGAAAAUCCUGAAACCGAUAGCAGACAUCUGCAUCAACAAUGAACAGAAGGAGCUCGUAGAUUUCGAUUCCUUCUUCACACACAUCACCUGCCAUGAAUGUAUUCACGGCAUUGGUCCUCACACCAUUACACUUCCUGAUGGUUCAACCUCCACUGUUAGACAGGAGCUGCAAGAGUUCCAUACAGUUCUGGAAGAAGCCAAGGCUGAUAUUGUCGGCCUUUGGGCGCUCAGGUUCUUCAUCUCCCAGGGUUUACUUCCAAAGAGCAUGUUGGAGACUAUGUAUGUCUCAUUUCUGGCAACAUGCUUCCGUUCAGUUCGAUACGGUUUACAGGAUGCUCAUGGGAAAGGGCAAGCUGUGCAGUUCAAUUGGCUGUUUGAGAAGCAAGCCAUUGUCCUUCAUUCUGAUGAUGAGACUUUUUCUGUUGAUUUCACAAAGGUUGAAGAGGCGGUUGAGAGCCUAAGCAGGGAGAUUCUGACGAUUCAAGCGAAAGGAAAUAAACAGGGUGCAAUUGCUCUUCUUCAGAAAUAUGGUCAGAUAACUGAACCAUUACAGCUUGGCUUGGACAAAUUAGAGAAAAUUAAGGUGUCUGUGGAUAUAGCUCUCUCAUUUCCCAUAGCCGACAAAAUCAUGAAGAAUUAG